CUCCAUCAUUCACUCGUUCAAGUCACUCACUCACCCUUCUCCUACCAAGACCGUUCCUUAAGGCAUCUCUACCAUCCGUAGCCAGAACAAGGAGGAUGAAGACUGCCACCUUUGCUCUCGCCUGCGCCGCCUCGGUGUCGGCUCACUAUGGUGACGUCUCUUCGAUCUUUGACUCAUGGAGUGCUGGUACCGUCAGCUAUGCUCCGACCACGGCCCCUACCACUACUGCUACCGGUGGGCCCGAUAAGGGCGACGGGGGACAGUGGACAACAAGCACCGUCUACACCACGGCAGUUCAUACUAUUACCAGCUGUCCGCCUGCUGUUACCUUAUGCCCGGCCCAUAGCACCGUGGUCACCACCGUCACCAUUCCGGUCAGCACCACUGUCUGCCCUGUAAGCUCCGGGACUCCGCCACCACCGCCUCCUCCAGCUUCUUCGGGCUCUCCUCCUCCUCCACCGCAGUCUUCGGUUCCUCCUGCAUCGUCUGGUGGUCCCUCGGCACCUCCUCCGCCGCCACCUUCACCCCCGGCCUCAUCAAGUGCUCCUUCUGCUCCUCCUGCAUCGUCUGGUGCCCCCCCGGCACCUCCCGCUUCAUCUGGUGCUCCUCCCGCACCUCCCGCGUCAUCCGGAUCUCCUUCGCCUCCUCCUCCUCCGCAUCCACCAGCCAGCACCGGAGCUCCUUCAGCUCCUCCAGCCUCCACUCAACCCUCGCCUAGCAACCCAGCCAGCUCUGCUGCCCCGCCGCCACCUCACAAUUCCGGCCCGUCUGCCACUGAGCCCUCCGCUUCUGGCUCCAGCUCUGGCGGCGGCGGCGGCGGCGGCGGCGCACCCCCGACCGCUACCACCAGCCCGGGUCCUGUCGUCACUGCUGGCGCAUCGAUUGAGCGCGCCCAUCACGCUGGUGGUGCCUUGGCUGUUCUUGCUGCCCUUAUUGCCCUUCUUUAGGUGGCAGGUUUCAUGCGGUCAUGACAGUGGCCAUGGGAAGAAAAGGAGAGUGAUGAAAAGUAAUGGAUUAAAAAGUUUCUGGAUCGGAGGGUAGCUAAUGGCGGUAAGAGAGUUGAAGAAGAACUUUAGAUCGAAUUUCUUCUUAUUAUUGGUUCAAUUCGGCGACUGGGACUACUUGGGUUACUUGCAGAGAUGAGAGACCAUUGGGUUAUGUGGGGAGCUACUUCUAAUGAUCGAUAACUUGUUUGCCUUGUGGCCUCUAAUGGGGUUACACUUUUAGUUUAUCACAUACUCGCAUAGUAUCGUCUCAGAUGAUCAAGUGUGUCAUUAUACACUACCAGCUUGUUGUAGACUGCG